GACCCCAAAUAGACGCCGUGUCCCGUGGAGAGGGAGACCUGGGCGUCCCUGUUGGUGGUACAGAAUAUUUUUUUAAAAAGCAGCAAACAGCACAGAAUUCUCCAGUGUCCUCCCAGACUUUGGCAACGCAUCACCCCGUGUCUCCUAUCUCAGCUCCUCCACAUCUUUAGGAUGCCGGAAGGUCCAGAAUUGUUCCUAAACAGCCGGUACAUCAAUGAGGAGUGCGGGGGUCUCGUUUUCUCGGGUAAAGUGGAGAAGUCGGAAGUGAGCAAGAACCCGGAGGUGCCCUUUGAGAGCGACAGGUACCUGAUCUCGGCCGUGUCGAGGGGCAAGGAGUUGAAGCUCACUCUCACGCCGCUCAAACAGGAGGGCCCGGCUCCAUCCAAAAGGCGGGUCUCUGCAGCCCGAGGGAAGCAGGCAGCUCAAGAGCCAAUGGAUAUCAUCUUCCGUUUUGGUAUGUCUGGCAACUUCAAAUUUGUCCCCGUGUCCGAGAUGCCAAAGCAUGCGCACCUGCGCUUCUACACCCGAGGAAGCCCGCCCCGUGCCCUCUGCUUUGUGGACUUCCGCCGAUUUGGCCGAUGGGAGGUGAGCGGUUCCUGGCAGGUGGACCGAGGGCCCUGUGUGAUGCUGGAGUAUGAGAAGUUCAGGGAAAACGUGCUGAGGAACCUCUUGGACAAGGCUUUUGACAAGCCCAUCUGUGAGGCUCUGCUAAACCAGAAGUUUUUCAACGGUGUUGGCAAUUACCUUCGGGCUGAGAUUCUCUACAGGUUGAAAAUCCCUCCCUUUGAGAAGGCACGGACUGUUCUGGAGGACCUGAAGCCCCAGGAACAGUCAUCUGGACUAACCUCUAGGAAAAAGGUGAAGCCGAAACAGGAGAACCCCGACCUGCUGGAGCUCUGUCACCUGGUGCCCAUGGAGGUUGUGAAUCUGGGUGGCAAAGGUUAUGAUCCCGUUAGGACGUCUGAUUACACCAUGUUCCUGGAGUGGACUCAGUGCUAUUUCGUCCCAGGCAUGCAGACCCUGCGCGAUGCCAAUGGCAGGACCAUCUGGUUCCAGGGCAAUCCUGGACCGAUGGCCCCAAAAGGAGGAAAACCACGCAAGAGACAGUUGAAAGUAAAACCUGAUCCUGAUACCUCAAGCUCCAAGGUCACAAAACAGGAGACUGUGGCCAGUAUUCCUCAGAAAGAUGUUGUGGGAACAAGGAAGUCUGGAAGGAAGAAAGGGAACAGAAUUGCCCCCCAAACAGAGGACCACACUAUGGUUAAGGAAGCCAAGGUACCAAACACCAGAACUCGGAGAAAGGGUUCUGCCUUGCAGCAAUCUCCAGUACCAGAUUCUGUGGCUGAAUCCCAGAAGAGGCGAACAUCAACCCGGAAAACCAGGGGUACUGCUGCUGUUUCCACAAGACCCAGGCAGGUGAAGGCACAGUAACAUUCCUGAUGCAGAACAGCCUUCUCCCCUUCUGAGCCAUGUGCUGCUGAGGCAAAAGGGGGUAUAAACUCCUGGACGAUGCUCACAUAGCUGCCUUAUGUUGGUUUCUGGAUCCUGGCCUGGCAACAGGCAACACUGUGGGAAUUGUCUGCUUUGUCACUUAUGUGCUUUUUGAAGUCCUGCUAGGAACAUAUAGCAGAGCAACUACUAUGAGGCCUUUUAUACACUGAUUUGCUUUCUGGAAAUGUCGCUGUAGAUUCAGGCCACGGUCUCAGCCCCGAUUCCAAACAGCGAGUAGGCUUUGCAUAUGCCACCGCUGGAGGAGAUCUUUCUGCUCUGGGUGUCGAGGCCUGCGUUAAAGAGAGGGUUCUCUUGAUACAAUGGAACCUCUAUUUGCGACCAUAAUCCAUUCCGGAGGUCCGUCCGGAGUUCAAAACAGGUCGCUGGGAGAGGCGCCGUUGUGCGCAGGCAGCGAUUGCCCGCUUCUGCGCAUGCACAAACGGCGAUUGCUACUCCUGCGCAUGCGCAAAUGGCGGCAAACCCGCCGGUUACUUCCGGGUUUGCAGCGGUCGCGACUUGGAAUGACCGUGAGAAGAGGCGUGGUAAGUUCAGGUUCAGCUGUAUAUUCACAACAGAGGAAUGACAUAGCUUAGCCUCCUCCAAUCUGGGAGCUGUUGCAGGGGCUUCUGGCAGGGGAAACCUAGCGCAACUCAUCAGCAGAUAGUUUUCGCUUGGUUUUGGGUAUAAUUGCACUGUUGUAUAAUCCGCAAGAAGAAUCCACAAGCUGAUGGCAUUACCUCCAGCUCCUCCAAGACCUGGACUCUGGGCGCUGCAAUUUAGGUGAAAUGAGUUUUGCCCUGUUGCUUCCUGAAAAGAGAUGUCAGAGGUUCUAGCUUCUGAACAGGGUGAGGGCCCAGUAUACACCUGUGCAUUUAAGGUGCAGGUUGUUGAAUGCAACCAGCAGGGGACUGCAGCGGGAAUGAAGUUUAAGCCGUUCCAGUUUCCCCCAGAGCAAAUGACACCUUCAUACUAUUUGCAUUAAAAACAGCACCACUGACAGACACAUUUAACAUCAUGUCUAGAUUGGCCUUUGGAUCAGGAGCACAAGAGCAGAGCUCAGCUGCUGAAACAGUUGCAGUAUUUCCUUCUCUGCCUUAUUUCCGACAGGAAUCUUCUCCGGGGCUCAAGAGCUACCUGGAUAAUUCAGGCCAAGACUUCAGCUGAUCAGUAAGAUAUCUAGAGGUAGUUCUGUUCAGCAAGGAGUCGGAUUUGAUCCACUGCUACAUUACCUCCUAGAUUUGAAAGAGACGUGCAUUUUAACAGUUACUCAGUCAAAUACUUUCUACCCUUGGUUAUUAUAUUCUUGGUGAUUAUAUUUCUAUCUCUCCUUUGAUUAUAUUCUUACGGUGCUUUUUGGUGCAAAUAAAGAUUUUUUUUCUAGAAA